AUGGCUCUGACUGAAGAAAGCAAUCGACGUCAUUUAUCUAGCGAAUCUGCUUCUAGAAGUUCUUCUUCUAAUCAUAUAAAUCAAAUUGAUGAAGGUGGUGAACAAAAGCGACGUUCUGCGAUAAAAAGAUAUGGCACUUAUGAAUUGAAUUGGACUUCCUCCUCCGCUGAAAAUCUUAGCACCGAUGAUGACAUUAUGGACUCCGCACAGGUUGCGAGAAAGUCUUUAACGAGUUCAAAACAUUCAUCUUUACAAGAUGUUCACCGAAAUUCUUCUCUGUCCCCCUCUUCCUUUGGUGGUGGUAUCACCAUAACAACAACUAAAGUUGUUGAAGUAUUAGACAGUCCGAAAGAAGAAAUUCCUAAUGUUGAUUCUUCAUUUAUUAUUAAAAAUGAUAUUCCUGUUCGUUCUUCUUCGAUAAAUUUUGAGUAUCAUCACUCAUAUCAAGAACAUCAAGAUAAAUUAAAUAUUACUUCGGAUAUAAAAGUUGAUUAUGAUCGUAAACGUUCUCCUCCAUCUCCUCCACCUCCGAUUAUAGCUCAGAUUCCUCCUCCUCCUGUUCCCCAAUCACGUGACAAAAGUCGAGUUUCAUUUAAUAUUAAAAAUGUCCAAUCUCAGAAUUUCCCUAUUAUUCAGGAUCAAAUGCUACAAAAACAAAGAAAUCGUAUUUCAAUAGGUCCAAUAAAAAAUAAAAGAAAAAGUUUGAAUUUUACAAAAAAAAAUCAACCUGAAUUUAUAUUACCCAAGGAAUCUUCAUUUAUUGAUCCAAGGUUAUUGGCAAAAAAGAAUCAUUAUCUUGUCAAAACUCAAUCAAUAAAUCGUAAAUUGGUUAAGCGUGGUUAUAGCUUCAGAAGAAAUAAAGCACCUCCAAGAAAUAUGGAAUUUGCUCCUACCUCUAAUCCAAUAUUUUCUAAUGAUCCCACCGAUAUGGAUGCUGAUUUACCUCUAUUAAAACCACAAACUUUUCCUUGGUUACCAGGUCCAUCUAAACCUCCUCAAUUACUUCAUGCUUCUUUAGUCCCUCUUCCAAAUCGUUCUCAACGUACCUCUUUUAUUUCAACUAAUAAACCUGGCCGUGUUUCAAAUUUACUAUCAUCUGUAAAUGUUAAACGAAAUUCUCUUAAUUUUACUAUUAAUCAAAGUCGAUUAACUCGUGUCAAUUCUUCUCGAAAACGUGCUUCAAUUAUGGUCCCUCAAGCAAGGCGUGCUUCAUUAAUAUUUAGACAACAAAUAUUGGAAGAGAGCUUAAUGAUGUCAUUUGGUCAAUCAUAUCCUACUACCUCUCAACCUACCACCACUUCAACAAAACCAUUAAUACGUAAAAAAACAAAAAAGGGUAGUAAUGCUAAAGUAGAGGAUCGUGAAGCAAGACGUGAAAGAAGAAGAAGAGAAAAAAAAGAAAAGAAUAUUAUAGAAGAAGGAACUUUGGAAAUUUCAUCAGAAAAUAAUUUGAAUAAUUUUCAAGUAGAUGUAAAAAUGGAAAAUAAUAGACCUAUAGAAAAUCCUGAAUUAUUAUCAGAUAAAGAAAAUAUUGUAGGUUCUCAACCUUCACAAAGACAUUCUCUAAAUGAUAAUAUAAAAGGAGAUUCUUCAUCUCCAACUUCUUUAUUAUUUUCAUCUUUACCGGAUAAAAGAUAUCCAAAGACUGAUGAAAAUUUAAAUUUAAUGAUGUCAUCUGUUGAUCAAUCACCUUUUCCUGCUCACCUUUCACAAUCAAAGUUUGAGCAUAAAUCUAAUAGAGAAACUUCUAGAAAAUUACAAUUGCAACGUUCUACUCUACCUCCACAUCCUCCACCACUUGGUCCUUUACCUGCAACUCCAAUUCUUUCUACACCACCUUCAAAUUUAAUACCUUCACCUGAUGAAGAGUAUGACCAACAAUUAAAAAUAAUUGAUGAAUCAAAUUCAAUACAACAAAUACCAUCAUCACCACCACCACUUUUAAGUCCCAGAUCUCAAAAACUCGGAAUACUUGGCGGAUUAUUUAAUAAACAAUCUUCAGGUUCACAAUUAAAUCCAUCAGGAAUGCCAAAUAUAUCGCCACCCAUACCAUUAUCAUUACCUUUACAAUCGACAAAACAGCAAUUUAUGUUGUAUCCACGACCUCCAUCACCGCCGAUCAACUCUCCACCACAAUCUCCACCAUUGAGUCCUUCACGUGCAGUAAGAUUACCAACACCUCGAGUUAAAACACGACGUGCUAAUGAUGUAACAACAACUAUUCAAGAUCCAGAAAAGUUAAGAAAAAUGGAGCAAUUCGAGGCAUUAAUUGCAAGUACAGAAGCACAAAAUAGUAAAAAAUCAAAGACUGGAAAAAUUCGUGCGCUUACUACUGCAAUAAUUCCUACAACUUCAAGUUCUUCUUCCUCGACUCCCGUUAACUCUCUCUCAACAAAUUCAAAUGUUGAGAAAAAGAAAAAGAAGACUGGUCCUUUUAUUUCUAAUGGACGUCGACACUCUGGUACAUCAUCUAAUGGAUCAGAUAUUAGUAGUGAACAACAAAAUAAUGAAUUAAAGAUCGGCAAUGAACUUUCUAUUGAUAAAGAAUCUACUAGUAGAUCAUCUUUAACUUCUUUGACUAAUUCGGUCGCCGAAUCUGUUCAUUAUCGACCGGAAGAAAAGGAUACACUUGGAAGGCCAGGUCCAACUGAUGAAGAUGGCGUUAUUAGAGUCACAUUAACUCCCAAAGUUUGUCGAUAA